CACAGAUUGAUAGUUGAGUUAGAAAUCAAUCAAAAUCCAGGAAGAGGAAGGAGAAACAAAUUCGCAAGCAAAUGUUGAGUAAUGGUUGUUUUUCAAAUAUCAUUACAGCAAAUCCUCCAUUAUUGGGAUGGCAUCGUACCCCUACACUGGCGUCCCUCGAAACACCGCCUUCUUACUGCCACCUCCACCUCCGUUGCUUCACUCGUUGCGCCGCCGCAACUCACCCUGUCCCCGACCACCUCCUAUUAUCUGAAUCGGAUUCAGAUUCUGAUUGGGCCCUCUCUCCUCAUCCUAACCCUAACCCUAAUUCAACAGCAACCAGCAGUAACUCUGGUUCAAAGGGAUCCACUGCGGGUUUCACGAGACUUAAAGCGAAAAGAGUAAAAGCCCUUGUCAAGAGGAUAAAGCAAGAAGAAAUAAACACUUGCGAUGAUGAUAGAAGAGUUUCAAGGGGAGAGAGUUUCCCCAAAAAUUCUGAACCGGUGGGUUCAUUCGCAGCUCCUCACUUGCGAGGUUGGGCUGAUGGGGGUUCCAUACGUAACCCCAAAUUGAAGUCACCUCACCAUCUAAACAAACAUCUUUCUGGGACUGAUUUUUUCAGUCGAAAGACUUUUGCCAAUUUGGGUUGCAGUGAAUACAUGAUUAAAUCUUUAAAAGAACAAGAUUUCCUGCGCCCUUCACAUAUUCAGGCCAAGGCUUUUGGACCUGUUAUUGAGGGACAUAGCUGUAUUAUUGCUGAUCAAAGUGGCUCGGGGAAGACAUUAGCAUACCUUACACCUGUGGUUCAGCGUCUUAGGGAAGAAGAACUCCAAGGAGUUAGCAGGUCAUCCUCUGGCAGCCCUCGUGCAGUUAUAAUUGUACCAACAGCUGAAUUGGCAUCCCAGGUCUUGAAUAGUUGUCGGUCAUUGUCGAAAUCUGGGGUUCCGUUCAGAUCUCUGGUUGUAACUGGUGGGUUUCGGCAAAAAACUCAGCUGGAAAAUCUAGAGCAAAGUGUUGAUGUUUUAAUAGCAACACCGGGUCGUUUCAUGUUCCUAAUUAAAGAAGGCUACCUGCAAUUAGAAAAUCUUAGGAGUGCUGUUUUUGAUGAAGUGGAUAUACUUUUUAACGAUGAGGAUUUCAAGGUUGCAUUGCAAAGUUUGAUAGACUCUGCACCUGUCGUAACGCAAUAUCUAUUUGUCACUGCAACUUUGCCCAUUGAAAUAUACAACAGGCUGGUUGAAGUUUUUCCUGAUACUAAAGUGAUCAUGGGACCUGGCAUGCAUCAUAUAAGCUCUGGUCUUGAGGAGGUUCUCGUAGAUUGCAGUGGAGAAGAAGGGACUUUAAAGACUCCAGAUACAGCAUUUCUUAAUAAGAAGAAUGCUCUUCUGAAGCUUGUGGAAGAAAGCCCAGUUCCCAAAACAAUUGUGUUCUGCAACAAGAUUGAAACAUGCAGAAAAGUCGAGAAUGUACUAAAACGUUUUGAUAGGAAAGGAACUCAUGUGCGAGUCCUACCGUUUCAUGCUGCCCUGUCACAAGAGACGCGACUUAUAAACAUGAAGGAAUUCACCCAUUCUCAACCUGGAGAAGAAUCAUUGAUAUUGGUUUGCACUGAUAGAGCAUCACGUGGAAUAGACUUCUCUGGUGUGGAUCAUGUUGUACUUUUCGACUACCCUCGUGAUCCUAGUGAAUACGUGCGCCGUGUCGGACGAACUGCCAGAGGAGCUUGGGGAACGGGUAAGGCAUUCAUCUUUGUCAUUGGCAAACAAGUUCCUCUUGCGCGAAAGAUCAUUGAAAGAAACCAAAAGGGUCAUCCGUUACACGAGGUUCCGGCUGCGUUUUGAAAUGAUGAAUUGAGCUAGGUGUCAAUCACUGGUGCCUUGGAGUUUGUGGCAAGUUCCUCUUUUGGUACAUUUCCAAUCAAGUUGUAACAUAAAACAACUCACUCAAUCUCACUCUUAUUAAUCACAAUGAUAGAGAAAUCUCAACA